AUGGCCUCGGCUAGUCUAGUCAGCAUCACCGCCGCAUGUUCUGCUCGGAGGAAGGUCAACACCAUUGGCGUGGUAGUGGAUACACUGGACCCUUGGAAAACCAGAGGUUCUUCAUAUGGCGUCACAUUUACCAUCAAAGACUGCGAGUUCGAUGCUCCAACUUGGCAAGGAGGUCUCAAAGUCAAGUAUUUCAAUGACAACGAAGCCUUCCUGCCUAUUGUCCAGCUCAACGAUGUAGUUCUACUUCGAGAUAUCCGAGUUACCAACUUUCAGGGCAAGCCAACCGCUGUGGCCACGCAGAAUGACAUGGUUUACUGGGCCGUUUUUCGGCCGCAAGCAGGGUCUGGCGAUCAUUUAUCAAUUAGCCGUGGGCCUAUCGCCUUUGAAACAGAUCCAGAGGAGAAAAGAAUGGCAGCUAUACUUCUUGCAAACCUCACAGGCGAGGAGCCGCCCGCAGCUUUGCAGUCAUACCCAACGCCAACACCAGCACAAGUACAACCCACGGCAAUUUCACGACAGCCUUCUCACAACUUUCAAACUUCAGCUCCGGUGCUCAAAUCGUCAGGCCUGCCAAUGACUCUUAUUCAAGAUGUGAAGGUUGGCCGGCUGACACAAUUACUCGGCCAGGUAGUGAAGAUGAAUACAUUUGACAGCGACAAGACUUUGCUCUAUCUUACGGAUUACACCGUUAAUACGUCUCUCAUGGAUAUCAAGAAAGACUAUGAGGAAGAUGGCGUGGAGGGAGACGCUUAUGGAUACUUGUCUCGGAAAAAGAAGAAUUGGCCUGGUCCGUGGGGCCAAUUGACAUUACAAGUCGCACUCUGGGAGCCCCAUGCCAGCUUUGCGCGUGAGUACGUCAAAGAGGGCAACCUGGUUCAUCUCACAUAUGUACAUGUCAAAGAUGACCGUAGCGGAGGUGUCGAGGCCGCUGUUCAUAGGGACAAGCGGUUUGAAAAUAAGAUCCAUGUCAACAUCAUAUCAGACGCCUACGAUGAACGCGCACGAGAGCUUCUGGAUCGUCGCAAAGCAUACUGGAGGAUCCACGGGAAACCCAAGGUGCAAAGUGAUCCGAACACAAACUCGAUGAAGACCGAGGAAAAAGCCGAGAAGCCGAAAAAGAGCAAACAAAACACACAGGAGGUCCGCAGAGAAGAAGGUCAGACAGUGUUGUCAAAACCAACCGCGCGAAAAAAGCCAAAUCAACACGUCAAGUGUCUUGAAUACGGAAUCCCCGUUACUUGGGAUGUCGAUUCAAUAUUGUCUGCCGAAACCCAUAUCAACAAAAUUUCAGGGGAUUUAACCUACAAACUGCCCUUUCAGAAUCUUUGCUAUCACCCUGUUCUUCGCGUCGUCGACUUCUACCCUCCAGCUCUGGAAGACUUUGCGGUACAGGUUCCUUUGAAAGCUCUCAAGAACCAAAAGCACGAAGAUGAUGAUUUGAGCCCGAAGUAUUACACUUGGGAAUGGCGGUUUUGUUUGCUAGUCGAGGGAACAGAACCCACGAACUCAAAACAGCAAACCAGAGAACUUAUGCAGAUCUUCGUCUCUGAGGGUGACGCCACUCAUUUGUUGGGUCUCGACGCCGAUGAUCUACGUAAUAACUCAAGUCGGCUACAUGAACUGAGAGAGAAACUUUUCCUGCUUUGGGGUGAUCUUGAAGAACGCAAACAAGAAUCCGCCGCUACUGCAAUUGGCGAUGAUGAACCAUGGCAACCAGUCAAGUCCUCCUCUGUGCCUUUCGAAUGUUGUAUCAGAGAGUAUGGUGUGAAAUGCAGCCAUAAGGAUCCAGAUGCUAUGGCUGUUGAUGAGGAAGACCGGGAUAUAUGCACCCAGUCCGGGUGCUUUGGUUGGGAGAGACGUUUUGCCAUGUUUGGGACAACAAUUCACUCAUGA